AUGCUACUAGAUGGAGCAGUGGUGAGGCAAUCUUUUGAUUAUCGUAUGGAGAAGAGCUACACCAAAUUGUUGAAGGCGAAAUGUCUAUCUCCUGGUUGUGGCUGGUUGUUGUGGGCAAGGAAGUAUGAAACCUCAAAAAGAUUUCAAAUAUACAAGUAUGUCGGGGUGCACACGUGCGAUGUUGAAGACGCCACCCGCAAGCACAAGAAAAUGUCAUCCGAAUUGAUUGCUUCACUAUGCGUAAAUCAUUUUCGGGAUGGAAAGGGUCCAAGCAUAAGUGUAAUUCAAAGGAUUGUGUUCAAGGAGUUGCAUUGCCACGCAAACUACUGGAUGUAUUGGAAAGAAAGUGUAAUUACAAAGAACAUCAUUCGCGGGACACCGGAGCACGGAUAUGCUUGCUUGCCUAUUUUUUUACACAUGGUGGAUUUAUUGAAUUCAGGGUCUUUCUACUCUAUCAUGGGAUAUGCCCACAUGAGAAAGGUAAUUGCAGUCGAUGACACACAUUUGUAUGGAAAGUACGAGGGCAUGUUGCUGAGUGCAGUUGCACAAGACACUGAAAAUCACAUCUUUCCAAUUGCCUUUUGUGUCGUCGAUAAAGAGAACGAUACUUCUUGGACCUUCUUCUUCCAGAAAUUGAAGUUUAUCGUAGAAGAUGAACCAGAUCUAUGUGUUAUCUCCGACAGGCACAUUAGCAUCGCUAAUGCCUUCUCUCGUGUAUAA